AUUGUAUACGAAUUUUAGGUCGAUUUCAUAUACUUUCAGAUGCAGAUUGCUCGGCGAGUCUCUAUAAACCUCUCCAAACGAGUACUUGGAAAUGCUUCAAAUUCAGUUGGUGGGUCGAAUAUUCAGUGCCGCUCGAAGUCAUUUGCAGCCAGUGUUCAGUCUGAUUCAACGGCAGAUAAAAGGAAAGGGAAAAGGGUAACAAAGGAAGAAAGGAGAGCAAUGGCUGAAGCUUUUGUUAACAAAUAUAGAGCCAUGAAUGGUGGAAAAUUUCCACCUACUAAGGCGGCAAUGAAAGAAGUUGGUGGCUCGUAUUAUACUGUCAAGAAGAUUGUCCAAGAACUGCAGUACAAUGCUAAAAUGCCAGUAGAUAAAGACACUGUGGUCAAAGAAGCUUCCGCAGGAAAAGCUGCAAUUAGGAAGGACAAGUUACUGACGAACGUUGAAGAGACAUUAAGCAGUGCAACAGCUCUUGAACAUGGAGCAUGCCAAGAUGGUCAGUUAACCAAUGGGAUUUUAUUGGAAAAAGAACCGACUCAGAAUAGGAAGCCGUCACUUGAACUCAAAGAAAUCCCAAGUGAUCUACAAACAGUUGAUGGAGGCAUAUCUCAAGAAACUCAAUCAUUAACCCUAAGUGGGGUGAAAAGUGGGGAUACCAAUAGCAACCAUGAGACAGAGGCGGAGCUACAAAUUCCAAUUGCAGCAGAGCAGACUUUGUUGCAGGUGAUGUCAAUUUCUGGAAGUGAUAAUAAAGAUGCUGCCGCGCAAGUUCUUGAAUCGGAGCUAGAAUCUUUUUCGCGUUCCGAGGAACCUGAGAAUAACAUAAACCAGGAAGACUCCCCUGUCGAAGAUUUCAAAUUUGAUAGCCUGAAGCAGAUGGAUGAGCAAAAACAUUCACUUGAUGUGGAAAAGCCUAGGAGGGAUUUAUCCAAUGAACGCAAGGCUGAGACACAAGCUGAAAGCAAACCCUCCAUGUGGAAAAAUCUGAAAUCUUUUGCAGAUGGAAUUCUUAACAUGUGGUGGAAACAGUAGAUUAGUGCCCAGAGUUAGAUCGAAAACAAGGAAUAGAUGGACAACAUUUACGUCAACUUGAGAAAUCUUAUUAGUAUUAUGUUAUGCAGCCAAGUGUGUGCAAUGAAACCUCUAAUUCUUAGUAAAUGGUCAAUAGUGAGAGACUAUGAUGAUGGGGGAUCGUUUUCUUGGAGUAGUUCUUUCCCCUUUACAAGAUAGGAACCUCUUGGUAGGACAUAAUUAUUGUAGUGCUAUCCUCACCGGAGAUGCAUGCUCAUGUAAAUAUCAUAAACAAGCUGACCAAUGAUUUUCAUCUGUUUCUUUUCUGGUCCUUGCUAUACACACCUUUUUUCCCGGGAA